AUGGAAAUGUAUAAAGAAUUGUUAAAUUUGGUGGAACCACUUAUAGCGAAGCAGGAAUGUAUUCGAAUGCCAAUACCUGCAAACACACGUUUGGAAAUUUGUUUGCGCUAUUUAGCUUCUGGUGAUAGCAUGAAAUCACUUUCUUAUGCAUAUCGAGUUGGACACAAUACCAUUUCAAAAAUUGUGUCAGAAACUUGUGAAGCAAUCUGGACGGUGUUAAAAGAUAAAGUUUUUCCAUCAUACAGUGAAGAUACCUGGAAGAAGAUUGCUAACAAAUUUGAAAAUCGGUGGAACUUUCCUAACUGCAUAGGCGCUGUAGAUGGAAAACACGUUAUGAUUCAGGCACCUCCACACAGUGGCUCAAUAUAUCAUCAGUGA